GCAACCAAAAGUUGCUUAAAAGGCAUGCUUUAAAGACAGUAACAAACUAACAGUGUUUAUAAAGCACAUGUGGGAGUGACUAUGAUUGAUCCCUUAACUAGUCUGAAUUAAAAAGAUUCUUUUUUAAGAAGUACAAUAAACAAGACUCUGAUUAAGGAUGUGUCUCACUCUGGCUGUCUCGCCCUCUCCAUAUGGACAUCUUCUGCACUGCACCUGGAGCUAAUAAAGCUCCUGUAAACCAUCAUGCCAUCUCUUCACACCUUGCCAUUAUUCUGCUCCCCCUUCGCUUGCCACUACAAGAAUUGAAGUAGAAGCAAAGCCUCAGGCACCGUACCUUUGUGUGCUUACUGCUGCACCCUCUAUAUAAGCAUGAAGAAUUCCAGCUCACACUCGCCUGCGAACUUAUGUGACCAAUAAGAUCAAGCUCCAGCUCAACCGAAGGUGUAGCUCGAGCCAUGGCUAAGAUCACCACAAUGGCGGUAGUGGCGGCGAUCGCGCUUGUUCUUCUACCCGUCGGCCGCGGCGAGGAGAUGCCCACCGCAGCGCACCCGCACGGGCUCUCCUUCGAGAGCCCGCUCGCUCUGUCGCCGGCUGCUUACGACUUCUUCCACCCCAGCGCUCGCGCCCGACGAGCUCACGGCGUCGCGCCGGUGCCGGCGCUCGCGCCUCGCGGACAGGAGCAGCUGAGGCCUGAGGGAGUCCGCGGUCAGAAGAACAUCGGCGAGCGUAGCGAAGGCCGACCUGGACGAAGAGGCCGUGGCGCCCGUGGAGACGCACCGGCGCCUCAACCACAAGGUGACAUGCGUGUUCGUCGGCGCCGCAGCAGCCGCGCUAGUGGCUAUCGGCGUGGCGUACGCCGUGGUGCGGCGCCGGGUCGUAGCGGCGCGCGGUGGCGCGGGCGCGCCCAAGUCGAACGCGUAGUUGCUUCAGGGCCCGCGGACUGGUAGCUUUAGGUGGGCCCAGAGAGUUGGGCCGGGAUGUUUGUAUAAAUAUGGAAUGCAAGAUUUUGUUUGUUGCGUCUAACGGAAAGGAAAACGUAUUUUACCUCCUCAA